AUGAACCGAAUUCUGCGUGGGCUUAUCACUAUCACGAUCUUGGGUUGCAACUCCCACUGUCACGAGAAUCACGGAAUGGCCUAUGGAUUUGAUACCAUCGAACCAUCCCCCAACCUCACAUGGACACCAUGCUUCGAUGACUUCACAUGCUCGAGGCUGGAGGUUCCCUUGGAUUAUUCCAACAGAAGCCUUGGCACGACGUCCAUCGCCUUCAUCAAAUUGGCUGGCAAGAAUGCAACCAUUGAGUCCCCAAGUAUCGUGAUCAUCCCCGGCGGUCCUGGUGGAUCAGGUGUCGAUCUCAUUCUUGAGAAUUGGUUUCUCGCAGCGCAAGCCUUUGGAGAUCAGUACAACAUCGUCUCCUUUGACCCUCGCGGAGUGAACAACAGCGGACCAAAUCUUGAUUGUUUCUCAGGCGACACAGAGGCAAGAUCAGCCUUUCUUCGGUUGUACAGUACUGGAGCCACCAACGUCUCCUCCACGUCACUGGAGGAACAGUAUUACUCGAGCUCCAUCUACGGAGAGUGGUGCAACGAUGCCGUCGAGAACGAGUCACCGCAUGGCUACUUUGUGACUACGCCAGCAUCCGCCCGCGAUCUGCUCACAUUCACAGAAGCCGAGGCGGAGCUAGCUGGUCGGCCACCAUCAGAUGCCAAGUUGUGGAGCUAUGGCAUCAGCUACGGCACUGUGGUAGGCGCCACGUUCGCUUCCAUGUUUCCCGACCGAGUUGGACGGAUGAUCCUGGAUGGUGUUUUGGACGCGGAACACUAUUACAACAACGACUGGAGGGACAAUGUAAAUCAAAUGGACGAGGCCAUGGGCGAAUUCUCGACCUUGUGCCAUUCCGCAGGUCCUGGAAAGUGUUCCUUCUGGGGUCCCACGCCAGCCAACAUCACAGCCAUAAUGGACGCCCUCAUCCUCCAGCUCCAGAACCAUCCAGUACCAAUCAGCGGAGUGCAAAGCCAAGAACUGCCGGCGCUGGUCACCUACUCAGACCUAAAGGCUCUUUUCCUCCAGACACGAUACAACCCACCGGCUCUGUUCCCAGUCAUGGCCGACAUUCUACACAAGCUCGAGCAAGGGGACGCGUCUCCUCUUGUGGGUUCGUUUGACGGGUUGAACUCGAUAUCCGACGCCCGUCUGGCCAUCAUGUGCGCCGACUCAUAUCGAAACAACAAGCUCACUAGCAUUGAGGCCUUUCAGAGUUUUGUCGAGGACACGAGCUCCGAGAGCAAGUACAUUGGCGACAUUUGGCCCAUCUUCCAGGCCAACCUCUUGUGUAGAUCGUUCCGGCCACAUCUACCAGAUAGCAUGAUGGUACAAGAACCAAUAAAUGGACACGGCAACAAGUCUUCGUCCUUCCCAAUCAUGUUCGCGAGCAACACGAUUGACCCCGUGUCGCCCUUGAAAUCGGCACGCGCAAUGUCUUCUCGAUUUGCGGGAUCAGUACUCCUAUUGCAGGAAGCCGUUGGUGUAAGUCGUCAUUGA